CACGACGACACCAUAAGCGAAAUUUCUUACUACAUCUCAAAAAGUUUUCAUUUCUCAUCUUUUUUCAAGCCGCAGGAACAGUCAUGGAAAGCCACGUACCUAUGACAGACCUCAGUCGCUGGCGUUUAUUGAGCGAACACGGUGACCAUCAUUGGAUCUAUCUUGGAGACAGUGAAAGUGGCGAGAGCGAGUGCGAACAGACAGUCGCAGAGCGUUACCUUCUAGGUCUGCCUUUGCCGGAUCGCCAAAAUGGAUGUCGUACGAAAACCGCCAUACCGUCAUUUGACGAAGCCGCUCGAAACGGGUUCGAUUUCCUCCGCGACAUUCAACUUCCUGAAGGACACUGGGCCUGUGAGUACGGUGGGCCAAGCUUUCUUCUUCCGGGAUUGAUAUUUGCGAUGUACAUCUCACAUUCUCCAAUUCCAAGUGAGUGGAGGAUCGAAAUGACGCGGUACCUUGCGCAUCACGCCAAUGAAGAUGGUGGCUGGGGCCUACACCUGGAAGGAGAAUCAACCGUAUUCGCUACCGGCCUCUAUUACGUUGUGUUGCGAAUCCUUGGGAUGGAUAAGCACCACCCUCUAGCUAGCAAGGCAAGAAACUGCCUCCUGUCACUUGGGGGAGUCAUAGGCAUUCCACAGUGGGGGAAAAUUUGGCUAUCCUGCUUGAACCUUUUCGACUGGGACGGAGUGAACUGUAUUCCAGUUGAUUUAUGGCUUCUGCCCACUUGGGUUCCCUUUCAUCCUAUUCGUUGGUGGGCGCAAUGCCGAGUGGUCUAUCUUCCAACCUCAUAUCUAUGGUCAAAUCGCUGCACUACUCCACUCACGCCGCUCUUAGCCGAAAUCAGAGAUGAGAUAUAUACGGAGAAGUACUCAUCUAUCGCCUUUUCCGACUACCGUAACUAUACUGCUGAGACGGAUGCUGUGCGCAAAGUCUCUCCUUUGCUAGUCAUUUUAUUCGCCAUUCUCUCUUUCUGGUGCAACUUCCUUCGACCACAAUGGCUGUUAACCUUGGCUAACAAUAAGGUAUCAGAACUAAUGAAGCGCGAAGAACAUAAUACUGACUUUAACUGUCUUGCGCCUGUAAAUAAAGCUUUUCAUAUAGUGGCUACAGUAUUUGAGGAUGGUCUUUCUUCCAAGAGACUCGAAGAGCACCGCAAACAUAUUGCUACGUAUCUAUGGAUGGGGCCAGAUGGUAUGACUAGCAAUGGAACCAACGGGGUCCAAGUAUGGGAUACAGCUUUCACAAUUCAAGCCGCCGUGAAAGCCGGUCUCGCGCAACAUCAAAGCUUCCACCCCUGUCUUGAAAAAGCUCUCAGUUUUCUUGACAUAUCACAAUUGAGAGAUAACCUGGAUGACGCCUACCGUCAAAUACGGAAAGGGGGUUGGCCCUUUAGCACCCGAAGCAAUGGAUACAUCGUAUCCGACUGCGCCGCGGAGAGUCUGAAGGCAGUUCUUAUGCUUCAAAACGACCCGUCGUACUCGUGCAAGAUCGACGACUCUCGACUGCAAGACUGUGUGGACACCCUUCUCUUGAUGCAAAAUACAGAUGGAGGGUUCGGAAGCUACGAGAGGAAACGAGGUAGUGAUUAUCUCGAGCUACUUAAUCCGGCAGAGGUUUUUGACCAGAUCAUGGUGGAACACUCUCACCCCGAGUGUACUACAGCGGUGUUGACUGCCCUCGCCCUAUUCAGCAAACAUUCCCCACAAUAUCGACGCCACGACAUCGAUAGAGCUAUGAAUGCUGCCGUCCACUUUAUCCGUCGCGCCCAAAGGCCCGACGGAAGUUGGUAUGGCGCAUGGGCUAUAUGUUUCACCUAUGCUAUGUUCUUCGCUCUACAGAGUCUUGAGAGUGUAGGCGAGCAGUACCAGAAUAGCGACGCUGUCCGUCGAGCCUGCGAGUUUCUUGUCGAAAGACAGAUGGACGAUGGCGGCUGGGGAGAACAUCACAUGUCAUGCCUCGAGAAGCGCUAUAUUCAUCACGACAUGAGCCAGGUAGUGAAUACCUCAUGGGCCGUCCUAGCACUAAUGCACGCCGGCUACCCUGAUCCGACGCCUAUACAGAGAGGUCUUCAGCUGAUUCGCGACCGUCAACAGCCCAGCGGUGAGUGGCUUCAAGAAGGUGUAGAGGGGGUUUUCAACCAGACCUGUAUGAUCGGGUAUCCAAACUAUAAGCUCUACUUCCCAAUUAUGGCAUUGGGAUCGUAUUCGCAGAUGUAUCUUACUAAACUAACGGCUUAAACACAUUCUUCACUCUCCCGACUUACGCGUGAGGGGCAUCACACGCAUGUUAGCGAUGCCUCCUUAUGGAUAUAACGUUCUUGGCUUUAAUCUUCAAUUGUUAAUAGGUAGGAAAACUUGGCUACAUCUUACCGAUAUCUACGCGGCAGUGUAUAUUAACUUACGCUUUUAUGUUUUAAUUAUGUAUUCUCUUAUGUAACUGCCUAUGGCCCAUGACUACUUGAUUGACUAGCAACCUAUAUAGGUAUGGCUUAAACCGCCCUAUCACCUGCUGGCAGCUCAGUUUCACAACUGAGUUCAAUAAAC